UUUCAUACAAUCUUGCAGACACAGAUAAAAAGGAGUUUAGAAUUCAGUUAGAAAUGGUUGCUCUAGAGCAUUCUAAUUCUGUUGCACUAUCAAAGGUUGCAAUCUCCAACACUCACGGCGAGGACUCUCCUUACUUUGCUGGAUGGAAAGCAUACGACCAGAAUCCUUACAAUGAGUUGAGUAAUCCGUCUGGAGUCAUACAGAUGGGAUUAGCCGAAAAUCAAGUUUCAUUUGAUCUGGUGGAGAAGUUUCUAGAGAAACAUUAUGAAGAAUUUAGCUGGGAACAAGAAGCCUCCAGGUUCCGGAGGAAUGCUUUGUUCCAAAGUUACCGUGGACUAAAAUCCUUCAGGCAAGCCAUGGCAGGGUUCAUGGAGGAAAUCAGGGAAGGAAGAGCUAAAUUUGAUCCUGAGAGAAUUGUCAUCACCGCGGGUGCAACUGCCGCCAAUGAGCUUUUGACAUUUAUUAUAGCUGAUCCCGGUGAUGCUUUAUUAAUUACAACACCUUAUUAUCCAGGGUAAGAACCAAAAGUGUUUUUCAAUCUAAACUGACAAAAAAAAAAAGAAAAGGUCCGUCUACCACUGUAGCUCUCUUACUAAAAAUUUAGGUGCGAA